GGCUUGGCGGGGCGGCGGGCGGGACCGGCACCGGCACCCGGGAACCUGCUCCGGACCCCCCAUAUAAUUGCUAAGGAUCUGUAAAAUGGCUUUACGUUUCCGCAAUAUUAUCCCAUAUGCCAUACCUGGAGUGCUGGCACUUGUUGGCUGCUGGUGGAUCUAUUCCCGUAGAAAAAAGCAUGCAAGCUAUCACGAUAAACAAGCAAUAGCCACUGAAGAAGAGCAGCAGGAAGAAGCGCCAGAGAAUGAUUCAUCACCCAAAACAGAAGCAUGUGUUCCUCGAAGACUGCCUCUCUCGUCAGAAGAGGAAUGCCGAGAGAACGAAACCUCAACCUCCCUGCUCUCAGCGGGGUCAACGACGCCCUCUCUUCUGUGUCAAACUCACGAGAGGCUAGAUCUCUCACAGGACCUUCCAGACCUGUCAGUAAUGACAACGCAGCCCAGCACCCUUGAGGACGACAGUGAAAAACUAGAAACGACAGGAUCUCAAGAUGAAAGCGGUGUCCCUGCUUGUGUUUCUCUCCCUCUGAUCUCAAAGAGUACAGAGUGUCAAGGCGGUGCUGUACUGAGCCUUAUACAGGAUUCAAGCUCUAGUGCGAACCAAGAUCAGUGGCCAUCAGCAUCAGUGACACUGACACGAGAGUCUUUGGGAAUCGUGGAGGAGAUCAGCAAUGCAGAGCAGUCAGAUGAUUCUUCAUUUAAGCCCCCUAAGGAAAGCCAGAUGUCAGAAAUGGUGCUAUCGGAUGCUGGCUCUGUGACAGCCCUUUGCUUGGGAUUGGAGAGGGAAGCCGAUACCCCGCAAGCCUUUCUCAAUAACGAAGCUGAAGUUGUAUCAGGUCACAAGGAUUCUGCAGUGAGCAUGUUACCAGAUAGUUUGGAGUCCGCCUGUUUGGAGCAGUCCAGGGAAGAAGAGAUGCCUGAAUCAAUUGCCAGUACUGUACCUGUGUGUCAGGAGGAGGAUGCGGAGCCAAAUGGAGAUGAAUUGGAAAGGGAGAAGAUUGGUGGAGUGAGUUUGGACAAGGAAGAUGUUGAGAAAAUUGAGCAAGUAGCAAUACAGAUCAUUUCCAAGGUCAUUUUGGCAGCAACUGAGGAAGUGCUGUCUGGUUCUGCAAGCGAUGUGUCCACUUGGAUCUGCCAGGCUGCUGCCAGCCGAGCUGAGACACCUCUGGAGGCGGCAAGCGUUGUUUCCUCCGAUCGGAUGCUUGCGGAGGAAGCUACAGCAGCCGAUGAGAACAUCGCUGCGACGAGUGAUGCUGGGGUACCGACAUCCCCGCAGACAGAGGAAGGGGAUCGGAGUGUGGCAGAUCCCAGCCGUUUAACACACGGCCGUUUAUCCGGCCCUGUUCGGGGUGGCACAAAAGACUGUCGGAUGAAGAACCGUGCAUGCAGCAAGCAUGUGCUCUCUGGUUCUGCAAGUGAUGCGUCUGCUUGGAUCUGCCAGGCUGCUGCCAGCCGAGCUGAGACACCUCUGGAGGUGGCAAGCGUUGUUUCCUCCGAUCGGAUGCUUGCGGAGGAAGCUACAGUAGCCGAUGAGAACGCUGCUGCAAUGAGUGAUGCUGGGGUACUGACAUCCCCGCAGACAGAGGAACGGGAUCGGAGUGUGGCAGAUCCCAGCCGUUUAACACACGGCCGUUUAUCCGGCCCUGUUCGGGGAGACACAAAAGACUGUCAGAUGAAGAACUGUGCGUGCGGUGACUCCCACGGACUUGAUCGGACUCCUGUGGAAAACCACAGAGGGUCACUGGAAAAGUCAUCUUUGGUUAUGGAGGACUCUGGGUACAGCACAUACACAUCUGAAGGUGGGACAAGUGUGGAGGACCCAUUGCAGAACACAAUGCUGUCUGGCGCGUCAGGCCAGCAUUCGGACUCACUGAGCAUAUCUGCAACGCAAGACACGUCUGCUGAGCAGAGCUCAGUAGCAAGUGAAAAACCUCCUACUCUGAAGCUACCUGAAGGCAGCGAAGUGCCAUACAGUAAUGGGAUACUGAAAAAGGAUGGUCCAGACUUGAAUCAUGAGUUUAGCAGGGCAGCAGAGAUGGAUGGAGAUCGCUCAGGAGGUUCGGAUGUAAAUAGCGUGAAUUUUGUGGACAGUGGCUGUGCCAUGAGGAAGACAGUGAGUCGGCAGAACUCCAAGCUAAGAGGAGAAUCCAGCAAGUCUGACUUCGUUAUCUGGGAGAUAGAGGUUCCAAAGGAAUUAGUUGGCCGCUUGAUCGGCAAACAAGGAAGAUUUAUGAGCUUCUUGAGGCAAUCGUCUGGUGCCAAAAUUUAUGUCUCAACACUACCUUAUUUCCGUGACUCCCAAGUCUGUCACAUCGAAGGCUCUUCGCAUCAAGUAGAAAAAGUACUGAGCCUGAUUGGCAAGAAGUUCAAAGAGCUGUGUCUCACCAACAUCUACGCUCUACCUCCACCAACACCACUGACGCUUCAUUCCCUCCUUAUGACUGCCUGGCUCUUCCUCCCAGACGGAGUCACUGUAGAGGUGGUCGUGGCAAACCAAGUCGAUGCAGGGCACAUGUUUCUACAGCAGCAUACACACCCCACUUUCCAUGUUCUGCGUAGCCUCGACCAGCAGAUGUACGCCUGCUAUUCUCAACCUGAAAUUCCAACCCUGCCAACUCCAGUAGAAGUUGGUAUUAUCUGCGCGGCUCCAGGCCUGGAUGGGGCAUGGUUACGGGCUCAAGUUAUUAGCUACUUCGAAGAGACCGGUGAAGUGGAGCUCAGAUACGUGGACUAUGGAGGAUACGACAAAGUGAAGAUUGACACGCUCAGACAAAUCAGGUCUGAUUUUUUAUCACUACCUUUCCAAGGAGCAGAAGUUUUACUAGACAACGUGGUGCCACUUCCAGAUGAGGAUCACUUUUCAUCUGAAGCCGACGCUGCUGUUAGUGAGAUGACCAAAGGCGCAGUCCUAGUGGCACAGGUCACAAAUUAUGACAGCGCAACAGGUCUGCCACUGAUACAGCUGUGGAACUUGACGGGAGAUGAGGUGGUGUCAGUAAACAGAAGUCUGGUGGAAAGAGGGUUUGCUCAGUGGCUUGACUACUAGCAAUGUCCUAGAUGCCUCGACAACACUUUCUACAGAGAAAAACAAAAGAAGAAAUCUUGUUUUGCACUGUUACAAUUUGGUUUGGCAACCUUUCAUAAGACAACCUGUUUACACCUGUGUGUGGAUUUUUGUGGUCCAUUGAAACUCAUUUUGCUCAACUGUUACCAUUUCACUAGAAACAUGUACCUCAUCUUGGUGAAAGCUGGGGUGUUAAAAGCCAUAAUGACAGAUACUGUAGCUUUAAAGCAAAAAAUCCUCCCUGGCCUCUACUUAAAAGUUGAAUGGAAAAAACCUUCAUACCUGGGGGCUUGCUUGAAGCUAGCAAAUGCCCCUGAAAUGUUAACUGUGGUUGCAUUUUUGUUCAAGAUGUAUAAUGCCCCGUGAACUUAGCGUCUGCUUUUCUUAAAAGUUACAACGGUUGUCCUUUUUUAACAGGCUCUGCCUAUGAAAUUAAUGAAUGUUAUUAAGGAAUUUAAUGUUUAGUUAUGGAUUUUUCUGUAUUGUGCCACUAACCUGCACAAAUAACAUUCAUCUUGUGUCUUCCUUAUGCCAGGAGGUAGAUGAAUUGCAUUCGUUGCACUUACUGUGGCACAUGUCUCACUGCAGUCAUGGUUUUUAGGCUUGAUAUGCUUAAGGAAGAAAGCUUUUCUGUGCAGAUGCUUGAAGUGCAGGAUAUGUUACCACUACAAUUUUUGCUCUGAAAUGUCAUGUAUUUAAAGAAAAGAACUGAUUGCCAAGCCCAAUUGUAGUUUAUAAUUUUCUAGCUGUGCGAGUCUGUAAAUAUAUAUAAAAAAACAUUGUAAUAUUUUGUACAAGAAAAACACUGGAAACAAAGGGAACUUUACAGAAACUUUUUCACACCAAAAUGUCCUAUGUAGGUAGAACUGGCUUGGAGUGCAUUAGAGUAGCCAACAUACUUGGAGCAUCUGAAUGUUGGGAGUGUUUCAGCUCUGCUGUAUACAGGAUUAGUAUUCCCUUAGAUUGCUGUCUGGUUUGAAUUGUGAUCACUGCAUUCUUUGCUAUGUUGCUGUACAGAUCUGUUUAAAAAAAAAAGUAACAACUUGGCAUUAAUAUUGCAGUGGUGUUCUCAAUUUUUUUUUGUUCCUUUUUAGAUUUCUAUUACAUAUUUAAAAUUUUGCUCAAGUAAUUUAAGCCAACUUAAUACUCUUAAACACAUGCCCUCUAAUGUAUAUCAUUUUAGAUAUGUAUUGAGCUGGGAUUUAUUGCUGGCAGAGAAGAUACUUGCCAGGAAAAUGUUGAUGUAGUCAGUCCUCAGAAGUUUUUUUCUGGUGGGUUCAGGGAUGUCCUUACAUCCUAUGAGCUAAUGUGUCGGUGCAUCACAUUUGGAUAGUUGCCUACAAAAGCAUUUGGUCCAAUCCCUUCUGAUAUGGUAUGGUUAUAUCUUUUUUUUUUUUUGAGUUCUCUACUAUUCGGUGCUUAUGAUUUAAUGUUCAUGUUUGCAAUAACAUCCAAUGAAACCUAAAUUUGGUAACUCAGUUAAGUCUAUAAAACAUAUAUCCUUUUGGAAUGUUUCUUUACAUUUCAAUUAAAGCUCGGAUUUUAAGCCAUCUUA